GAUUACCAGUUGCGGACAGAUGAAAGAAGUGGUUCCCAAGGAAGAAGGUGGUCGAUCAAAGUCAGAUGUGAUGAGUUUCCCUUCCUUAAGUGAAUUAAGACUUGAUGAGCUCUUUAACCUGAUCAAUUUCAGUUCGGAAAGUUGUUCAUAUGAUUUUGCCACCUUAGAAUAUCUAGUUAUUUCGCGAUGCCGUAACUUUGGAGCGUUCAUCCCGAGUCCUACAAGUUUCGAGAGGAGUCCAGGCGAGACGGCUAAAGAAGAUGAUGAAUCGCCACAACCGUUGUUUAAUGAGAUGGUUGCGUUUCCCAAUUUAAGAAAACUAAAAAUUGGACGAGUUCAGUGCAAAGAGCUGUGGAACAAUCGAAUUUCCAAUGAUUCCUUUUGCAACUUGGAAUCUCUUAAACUGGAGCAUUGUAACAAUCUCCAACGUAUUGCCCCAUCCCAUAUGUGGAAGAGGCUGCAGCGCUGUCUCAAGAUCCUAAAAGUGAGCUCUUGCCGUUCGAUCACGACCAUAUACGAAGCUGACGGGACAGAUUCAAGGAGCGGUCAAUUGAGGAGCCUUUAUUUGUAUCGUCUUAAAAACUUGAGGCACAUUUGGCAAUCCGACGGUCUCCCAAACAUCCCAUUUCCAAACCUGAGAUUCAUAGAGGCUUGGAGGUGUUCACGUUUGGAAACGCUUUUCCCAACUUUCACGGCGGAGUUUCUGGGGCAAAUUGAAGAGCUGGUGGUAGGGUCAUGUGAAGAUAUGGAACUCAUUGCUGGCCGUGAAGAAUGCGAAGAAGCGAAUGGUAUGACAAUCACCUUCUCCGAAUUAACCGCUCUUAGACUUUACGAUCUGCCGAAAUUCAGGAGAUUCUCACCUGAGAAAUACUGUGCGGAAUUUCCAUCCUUGGAAGUCUUCAGAAGAGUAAGCUGUGGAACAGAGCCGGACCAAAGCUUUGGGGAUGAUGAGGAAAGGGAGGAGGAAAGCGACGAAAGUGAGGAGGAAAGUGAGGAGGAAAGCGAGGAAAGUGUGGAGGAAAUUGAGGAAGAAAACGAGGAAAGUGUGGAGGACAUUGAGGAAGAAAGCGAGGAAAGUGAGGGGGACGAAGGGGAAGACUAAGUUUUAUGAAGUGGAGCCACAAAGUUUGUGACUAUUGCAUGAUUAUUGUUUCUGCAUUCUCUUCUAAACUUCCCACGAAGUUUGUGACUAUUUCCUUCACUACUCAUUUGUUUGGUGUGUCUCCUGGUCUAUUAUGACAAGGGGCCACUCAUUGGACCAUACAUU